AUGAAUCACAACUACAAAAACCCCUGGGUUUUACAUGUUAUACCACAUAUCCACGAUUUUCCACAAUUGGCAGUCGUAUAUAUCCAUUGUAAGCCAGAAAAUAAACAAAGAAAUAAGGAAUGGUCAACAAAUUAUCAUAAGAUAAAAGCAAUUUGUUCAGAGAUUGAAGAAUAUAUGACAAUGAUUUACCAAAAUCAUAUUAAAUCAUAUGUACAGAAGGAGGAUUCAUCAAUUUCUGUUCAUACUAGUAGUGUACGAUUUUAUGGUACCACACCAUUCAAUGUUUUUGAUUCAUCAGCAACUACAUACAAAGAUUUGUCAGCUGAAAACGGAAAUUUCGUAUGGAUGCAACUACUUGUUGAAGUUUUAUUACAUAUGGAUUCUUCAAUGAGUCCCAUGGACGAACUUUACCGUAUGUGUGACGAAUUUCUUCAUAGAGACGAUCGAGAUUGGGAAAAUGUUUUUGUCUUGGUGGGUGUUUAUAACCCUCUCGAUCCGAUCAAAUGGUACACAAAAGAACCAUUUAUAUAUCGAUUUUUAAACGAAAUAUUACGUAGUGGAGAUAUUGAUAAACUUAUUGUAUUACGUGAUGUAUAUGAAAAUCAAACGAAUAAUUUAUGGAUAAUUAAAAUGACUUUGUGUGGAAAAACUGAUUACGAUUUUGGAAAUUUAUUUCAAUCUAUAAGACAUCCACAAUUCGCCAGAACAUUGGCAAGCAUUGGGACGGCUAAAGUUGGAGUAUUCGAUUUAGCUCUUGAGAACUUAAAUAGAGCUAAAAAAAUCUUUCAAGUUGCUCUACCAAUAGAUCAUCCAGAUACACAAGCCGUAACAAAAAAUAUCGAAAAUAUGAAGGCUAUCUUAGAAAAAAAUUAUUAA